AUGCAACUCACUACUUUCCUCCCCGUCGCCCUCCUCUCCUCCCUGAGCUUCACCUCUGCUCUUCCUUCUCGCCGUUAUGGCACUGCUGCCUCUCCUGGUGGCACUCCUCCCAGCUUGAACUGGCAGGUCACCAACUUCACAACCGGCUGCUCUCCCGCUGCUUGCACUUACGACUUCAAUAUCUUCGGCGCUGCCACUCCCAACACCCCCGGCUUCAACACCACCUGCUCUGGAAACGACACAGAAGACGUCAACGCCUGCAAUCUCGUCAAUAUCACAACUACCCUGACCCCCAAGGGUAACCAGCACUGGAAUCUCGAAGUCAACCACUACUGGACUCAGGGAAUUCCCCCCAACGGCGCCGAGUUCUGGGCUAAGGGCAAUGCCAACAUCACCACCCCGAUUGCCAGAUUCACCGUCCCGGUGACUGAGGAACGGAAGUCAACACUCAACUCCAUUCAUCUUCAGCAAGGGGCUCUGCAGUUUUACAGUCUUAUCAUCCAUCAUUGGCUGUACCCAUUUAUUUAUAUCGCAAGUCACACGGCAUCAAUCUAUCUACCUCACAGUGUCUUAUUGUCUGAUCUUCCAACUUACCCCGACUUAACCAACACAACCCACACGCUGACAUGCCGCCUUGCUUGGCUUCUUGUGCAAAUGCAGGCGUCGAUCCUCCGACAAAUCGUUGCUGGUCCAAGACUGCAACAUCCCGAAGCUGGCUUGGAUCUUUGCUACGUCACUGAUAACAUCAUAGCAACGUCGGGUCCAUCCUCGAAUUAUCCUCAGCGGGCUUACCGUAAUCCUCUGGAUGCCUUGGUGAACUUUCUGGACUCGAAACAUGAUAGAGAUUGGUGCAUCUGGGAAUUCCGUGCCGAAGGCACUGGAUACCCCGACUCGGAGGUUUAUGGGCGAAUCCACCACUACCCCUGGCCGGACCAUCACCCACCGCCCUUUGCGCUCAUCCCCGCGAUGAUGGGGAGUAUGCGGAACUGGUUAAAUCGACUCGACGAAAAGGACGGUGAGGAGGAACCAAAGGACAAAGGGAAGAGAGUAGCCGUCGUGCAUUGCAAGGCCGGCAAGGGGCGCAGUGGGACAGUUGCAUGCAGCUACUUGAUCAGCCAGGAGGGGUGGAAAUUAGAAGAUGCGCUUCAGCGAUUUACAGAGCGGCGAAUGAGGGUUGGAUUCGGUGCUGGCGUGAGCAUCCCAAGUCAGCUACGAUGGGUGAGAUAUGUGGAUCGCUGGGCGAACCAUUUGGAAAAGAAGUACGUGGAACGGCCGGUGGAGAUUCUCGAACUGCACGUUUGGGGCCUGAAAGAUGGCGUCAAGGUUGCAGUGGAGGGUUUUGUCGAUGAGGGCAAGACAAUCAAAUGCUUCCACCUGUUCCAUCGCAGUGAGCGGACAGUGGUUGACCGCGCAAAGACCUUCUCUUCGGAAAAGAAUGACGAGAAUGGCAACAACAAUUCCACGGAGCUGUUGUCAGAUACAUCGGGCUCUUCUACUGCCGCCACCCCCAGAUCUACAACAGAUCCCACCGUUACAACGCCAGUCUUAUCUAGGCAGCCGAGCAAGCGGAUCACAGGCAUGAUUUUACGACCUAGCAAACCACUCAUCAUACCAUCGUCCGAUGUGAACAUUGACUUUGAACGACGCAGCAAAGCGCCGUAUACUGGAUUUGCAAUGGUGACCUCAAUCGCACACAUCUGGUUCAACCCUUACUUUGAAGGCGGAGACAAGUAUGACUCGGGCGUCUUCGAAGCAGAGUGGGAAGCCAUGGACGGUAUCAAAGGAAGUACCAAAAAGGGCGUCCGGGCACUAGACCGACUAAAGGUCGUCUGGCGAUACCCACCUCCAUCCCAGCUCGGCCUGGAAGAACCAGGCAAGGAAGAGGGCGCACCAGUCCUCGGAAAACCCAUCAAUGUGCCCAAGCCAGGCGAGCCCAUCCCCGAAAGCCAUCCGGCCGAUUGGCAUCUCAAAGACGCGCAGCAUGACCCGGAACGACCCGUAGACGGCCUCCGGGAUCAAGAAAACAUCCCCACCCGAAUCGCAGAGGGGAAAGAACACCAGCCAGAUCUCAAAGGGUUGACAUCGGAAUCGGAGCACCCGAUCCGCACGGGCGUCAGCACUACUGCCGCUACUGCAGCGUCAGCCACAGCGCAAUCAAUCCAGGACCUAGGAAAAGAACUAGGACUCCGGAAACAGACAGUCGAGAGUAAAGACGUCAGUCUCGCUAACAGCGAAGACGAAGCACGGCCCCCAUCAAUCCACAAAAAGAAACUCGACAAAAAGCCCACCGAAGCCCAACCAGAUCCGGAACCCACGAAAGAAGAGGAUGAUACAAACGGGGAUCUCGAAGGCGUGCAGCCUUAUUUCGAAAACAAAGGAAAUGGCGAAGGAUCGUCGGGUGACAACACUAGUGAUAAUGCACCUAAGAAGUCAUAG